CGUGCGCGUUCUCGUGUUUUGAAGUAGUCGACGUGUGGCUCGCGCUCCCGCUAGCGACUCAAGCUCGCGAUCAAACAAACAAACAAACAAACAAACAAACGGUCGCCGAAGUUGAGCUCGUCUAAGUUCAGCCAUCACAUUAAAAGCGGGGGAUUUGCUCAUAAAGUCUCUUCCUCGUCUCUUAAAAUGUCCGGGGAGGAUUAAUUGCUCUCAGUCCGGAGUUUUGGACCUUUCUGCGGUUUGCGAGCGCUUCUCUUCGGUUCAUUCGAGAUGUCAAUGGCUUGAAUUUUAUAUCCCAGGCUGUCUGUCUCUGAGGCUCACACUUUACAAGUCAUUGACUCAAUUUCACGUAGGUGUGGAGCAUGUGGGCCAGCUGCUGCGGCUGGCUCUGUCUGGAUGAUUCCACCAUGGACGACACCAGAAGUAACACCCGUCAUCAGGCCUUCAGCAACUCUGGCUUCAGCAGUUACCCGUCUCCCCCUGCUCCAGAACACACGUGCAAGGCCUGUGGAGGUCGCUUCGACAGCCUAGCCAGAAAGCACGUGUGCAUGGACUGCCAAAAAAGCUACUGCAGCCGCUGCUCCACUCAGCAGGACCUCCAGCCAUGGCUGUGCCACACAUGCCAGCGUUUCCGUGGCAUCCUGUUCGAGCGCGCCGAGCUGAUGAAGCUCAAGGUGAAGGAUCUGAGGGACUACCUCCACCUGCACGGGGUCUCCACGCAGAUGUGCCGUGAGAAAGAGGAGCUGGUCGAGCUGGUUCUUGGCCAGCAUACGCCUACAUCUGACACGCACAUUCCUCCACCCCCAGUGACCACACAUGAAUCCCUUAACACUCCAGUCAUAACCGUGAGCCCGUUGGCGGACAAUGGCACAGCAGAACUGGGACCUCAGACUCAAGCAACGGAAGAUGGACAGAGCUUGGCUGAGGCGACAGCUGAAAGCGAGAUGGACGCUGAGCUGCAGGAGGAGCAGGAGUUGCAGUCUUCAGACUCUGAGGAAGUGCUGGCUCCUGGGCGACGGGCGUCUCUGUCUGACAUCAGAUCAGUGGAGGACAUUGAGGCUCUGAGUGUACGCCAGUUGAAGGAGAUUCUUGCCAGGAACUUCGUCGACUAUAAGGGCUGCUGUGAGAAAUGGGAGCUGAUGGAGAGAGUCACGCGUCUGUACUACGACCAGAAGGACCUGCAGAACAUGGUGUCUAACGCCACAGAAGGCACAGAUUCUUGUUCUCUGAAGUCUGCUUUGACUUUCAGUGGAGUGAUGUUUGCAUGCACUUGA